UGCAGCUCCUAAUGAAGUUGUCGGAGUCCUCGUUGCCCGACAGGACCUUUUAAGCUAGUCAUCACGAGGUGAAUUUUAAAUCAGGUCUACUCGGGUGUAGAUCGAGGAAAUGUUAAUCAUGGAGAUGACAAGACUGAAAAUAUGUGUAUUGAUGGUGAUGUUUAUGAAGUUUUGUUCGGCGGGUAGGUUUACUUCUGAACUUGACGACAACUUCAAAUUACUUGCUAUGCCAGAGGAUGCAGCUGGGGAGCGAUAUUCAAUUAGAUUAUCGAACAAAUAUGUUAACCCAAGCAAGAUAAACGCUGAUGGAAGUUUCAACGAUAUCACAUACACUGAUAACACCUACAAAUGGUCAAAGCCGUUUAUAACCCAUGGUGAUAGACUGACUAAACUCAUUCAAUCUUAUUUAUUGCCCCACAGAGGAAACAGGUUCUAUCAGAACACAAAGACCUGGGAAUGGAUCGUGAAAUCUUGGGAAUAUCUUGCGUAUAGUGCACCCAACAACACAGAUUGGAAUUGGUGGGGCAAUCAAAUUGGUGUACCACGGUCCCUCUGGGCUGGUCUCUUUCUUUCGAGAGAUAAAAUCAACGACAAGCUGUAUGACGAUUUGAUUCAAAGAUACUGGACUCGCCGUACUGUAUGGGAUUACGAACGGAAGAAGGAUGGGUUUAUGUCGGCAUCAAAUCUUGCAAAUAGAGGUUUCCUGGGAUUGUUCGAGACAUAUUUCCAAAGCGAAAAGAUAUUCGAAACCAGAAGAAGUCAGGUUCUUGAGUAUUUAACUCAGGAAAUUGUAAAUAAAACGUCAUAUCAAGGAGAGGGUGUAGGAGCCGACUACUGUAUUCACGUACAUAAUCUCCACGCGGGGUUCUAUGAAGGAAAUCAUACCAACUCACAUAUACGUCUGAUGAUCUACAAUGGUGGAUAUGGGGCUGAGUUUCUUAAAAGAUUUGGCUCCAUUUAUAUAGCACUUCACAACUCCUCUUAUGCAGUGAAAGAGAUUCUGUUGUCUGAGUUCAUAAAUGUCUUCUUGGAAUGUCAUCAGUAUUUGGUCCGCGGUCGGACAUUCGAGCCGACUUCAGUUGGGCGUAAUAUUGAUGAUAACCAGCGAGUAACGUAUUGGGCGUCUUUAGACUCGGUUUACAAGGUUGUAAGAUGGCUAUUAGAGCUCGAUUAUCGCAAAGAAGAACUCCAGAACGCGAUUACAAGAUACCUGAACCAUGGUCCUACAAGUGCGUCAAACGCCCUAAUUGGUAACCGGGCAUUAUUCGCUUCAGAUAUGAUGGUCCAUCAUAGACAAAGCUACAUGGCGAGUGUGCGUAUGUUUUCUGCUCGCACAGUCAGACCCGAGACGUGGGCUAGCUCAAGAAGAACGGAAAAUCCAGACGGGUAUUAUACAGGCGAUGGAUUUGUGACUCUUCUACAAAAUGACCACGAGUUCGGAUCCAGAUACAACGAAAUUUUUCAGUAUUAUGAUUGGGAAAAAAUUCCAGGUGCAACAGUCGAAUAUAGUGGGCAGGUCCCCCGGGAAGGUAUGGAGAGAAAUGUUGGUAAUCCAAAUGGAUUUCCCCAUCAUAUUAGUAACGCUGUCUUCGUUGGCAGUGCCUCUGAUGGCAUGUACGGUGUAUCUGCAAUGGUAUACGAUCGUCCAACCGUCAAAAUAACGAUGAAGAAGUCUUGGUUUUUCUUUGAUGAUGAAGUCGUCUGCUUGGGUAAUGAUAUCGAGAGGCGUGAAACUAAUGAGGUGACCGAGCUCCCAAUUAUCACUACGCUGAAUCAAGUAGUUCAAAAUGGUGACAUUGCAUAUAGUAAUUCAGGGACAAGCCAAUAUGUAAGCCCAAGCACUACAACACAUGUCCCAAAUGCUAAAUGGAUUCACCAUGACAACAUUGGAUAUGUGUUCCCAAAUGGUGCAGGUGCAAAUAUCGAUUCCCAUGUUAAGAAGGCAAACGGCAAAACUUUGAAAGUCGCUACAAUGUGGAUGGAACACGGUGUAGAACCGUAUGCGUACAUCAUGUGCCCAGGUGUAACCAUAGCUCAAACUGAGGAACGCCACGCUAAUCCAUCAGUGGCGAUCUUGCAACAGGACUCAAAUGCCCAUAUCGUGUACCAAUCAAGACUUGAUAUACUUUCCAUGGUUUUAUUCACCGCUCCAUUUUCCUUUGUUCACCUAGAUACAGAAAUGUCCUUUUCUUUCACAGUUGACCAGGCUUGUAUCUUGAUGAUUCGGCACUUUCAGUCAAAUAACACUCUUUCAAUAACAGCUUCGGUUCCUACACACUACAAGUCUACAGUACAGAUCGCACUCGCUGGUAUUCAUAUCACAGGGUUAGACUCAUCGUACAGUCCAAAUAAAACAGAAUCUGUCGUUUUGUUUUAUUUCACAGAUGAUCGAAUGGCUGCUGGAAAAAGUCAAACAAAGAAUUUCCAAAUUGUUUAAUCGUUUGAAAAUUACUUCUUCGUAUUUCUCAUUGUGAAUUAUUUAAGUGUAGAUAAGUGAAGUUUCAUGUUGGACAAUGUUGGAAAAUACUAGAAAUAAACAGAAAUAAACCUUGCAAACAGUUGUGCAAUACCAUAUCACAGAUUAACAGUACAUGUACAAGGGGCAAUGCUUGUCAUCGUUUUUUCUUGCCUCUUAUCUGGAGGG